AUGCUCCAAAUUCAAAAAUGGGACUCGACGCUCCGGCGUGUUCCGACCUGGGUGCGGCAUGCUUCUUCAUAUACAAUUCAUAACUUUGCGGAGCUCGCCCGGCGUCCGGCAUCUCAGCAUCAGAUAUACAAAUCGGUCUCCGCGGACCCUUAUGUCAAUCUAGCUAUUGAGCAUUUCUUGCUAGAGAACUCUCCGGAUGACUCGAAAGUUUUGUUCCUCUAUGUGAACCGGCCAUGUGUGGUGAUAGGUCGCAACCAGAAUCCAUGGCUGGAGACAGAUCUUCGCUCACUACAUAAUGACCGGCAGCUUGGCAUCUCCCGGGAUGAUGCCGCCGUCUAUGUUCGGCGCAGAUCUGGGGGUGGAGCUGUAUUUCACGAUGGAGGAAACCUGAACUACAGUGUUAUAUCACCGCGUACAUCUUUUACACGAACUAAACACGCCGAGAUGGUGGUUCGGGCGCUACAUAGUGUUGGGGCGGUUAAUACUAGCGUCAAUGACCGACAUGAUAUCGUCAUGACACCUGCACAUACCAUGCUGAAGGCUGAUGAGCCUCCGACUCGGAAGGUUUCCGGAUCUGCAUUCAAGCUCACCCGACAUCGAGCCCUGCAUCACGGGACCUGCUUGCUUGACUCGCCUAAUAUCCACGAUCUUGGCCGCUUCUUACGUUCCUCGGCUCGUGGAUAUAUCCAAGCGAAAGGUGUUGAGAGUGUUCGGUCACCUGUAGGAAAUGUCUCAAGUGCGUUGACAGACUCGUCUUUCUCCAUGCAGACCGUUAUAGAUAACGUGGUGGACCAAUUCGCCAAGUUAUACAAUGUCCACGAUGACGCUAUGCUUAGAGCACGCACCCAUGCGACUGAACCUGAGAUAUUUGCCGGCGACAACUGGGUUACAGGAAUAGUGGGUGAUGUGCAGGGAGAAUUGGAACCAGAGAUUGCGAAAGGCAUUACCGAACUGCGGUCAAUGGAGUGGAAGUAUGCUCAGACUCCGCGAUUCACCUUCUCGACAUAUACAACUGAAGAGGAUCCUCGAGAACGUCCUCCUUUGCCCUCACUUCCAUCAUCCACUCGCGCUUUCAUGCGCCUAAAACAUGGCGCCAUCAUCGAAAGCAAUAUCUCGGUCUCUUCAGACCCAUAUAUUGCUUCCGAGCAGAGUGCUCGCGUGCACGAAAUCUUGAAUGGCCAGAACUUACAUGAAAUGUCUAUUCAACGCUGGACAGAAGUCUUACAGCGCGGUCUCGGUGGCGGUGAUGGCGUAGACGAAAUGACUAUACAGAACUUGUCCCAGUUUCUCGGAGAUCUUCUUGGAGGUCGCUGA